AUGAUCCUCUUAAAUCUCGAAUCGCCGAAAAACCAUGAACAAAAACGUGGUCACAAACGAAAGUCGAGGAAGUUGAAGCACAUCUGCCUUCCGCAUUGUGAGUAUCUAUGGUGGCAAGAGGCAAAAAAGCGGAAGAAAUGUCUCUCCACAAGGGAAGCAGCAAAAAGAGGGUGGAGCUGGCCACUGGAAGAAAUGAUGCCGGCACUUCGGCUGCCUGAGAGAAAUGACAGUGCAAAGCCGCCACGCUUGCAUCAGCGAAGAACAUCAGGCAAUCAUCCUCUCUCCAUAGUGGAAAAAAUCAAAUUCGCCGUCCGGAGCCGCAACAGCUACAGUUUUUUGAAGGUGCUAGCUACGGAUGAUAAAACCUGGAAAACAUUGGAAAUCAACGUGCAAAGCUCGGGAGCUUUUGGAGAAAAAGCGCAGCGGAAACUCCGAAAAAAUUGGAUGCAGGACUCGUCUUCAACUUAUCUGACCGACCACGUCAACGCGCUGAUGUGCGACAAUUUAAAGAUACGAAAGAAGAACCCUGUCGUGGCUCGAAGAAUUGUUUCAGAUGCUAACUGGGAAACAUCCGCCUAUAAAACGAGAUCAGAAAAUUUAUGCAAGAUG